AUGAGAGCCUUUAUUUUCGCAACUCUCUUGGUGGCUUUAUGCUAUGCAGACGAUUCUUCCUUGUUCAUCGACGAGCUCGAAGAGCUAGUCCCCAGCAUGCAAGAUAAGAAUGAACUCGAAGGGCUUGAAGAAGACGAGACCAUGAUCCGCUAUGACAAGAAGAAGAAACUUGAUGAGAUAUUGGCCAGACAAUCGGAGGAUAUCAAGAAAGCCUAUGCAAUGCAAGUGGAGCGUGAAAAGCUCAAACAUCGGGAGAAUUUCGAAAAGAAAAUGGUAAAAGCCACAAAUCCAGCAGUGAAGGAGUACCUUCAGCAGAUCGAGGCAAUCAACAACGACUUGAGCAUUUCUGAGCAAAGUGCCAAAGAAAAGAUAAAAAAUGUGGGUCUGACGACGUUCCCACAAGUUUGA